GUCACAUAAUCUCAGACUUUUUGCCAUUUGUUGACAUUGUCAAUAUGCUCUGCAUAUUCAAAUCCACUGCAUGACCCAUGAUUAUGGAAUAAUUUACAUAUUAGAUGUAAGUGGGAUCUGAUGAAGUCAUAAUAUUGAGGGACAUUAACAGUGACAGUGCUUCUCAUGCUGAAACGCAAUUCGAUCAUUGGGCCUCUGACGUUAAUUAUGCCACCUUUGGUCCGCUUUUUGUCUCCAUAAAGGUCUCUGAGGACUGUAUCUCUUUUUCGAAUCUGUUCUUCUUUCGGAGAAGGACUGCAUGCGCAGUAUGCAGGGUUCCCUUUGCAGGGCUCCAAAGCUCUUUAUAAACCACGCCUGGGUCAGCUAGAAAGUCAUAACUCUUGCAAACAGGGAGACAGAAAGCUAAGUGCUGCUCAAACCAAAGAAUAUUCCGUCAUUUUAACCCCUUCUGUUUUGCUUUAUUUCCUUGGGGAACCAUGUGUAAAGCUGUAGUACUGGUGGUGUGUCUGCUAGUGGCUGGGGUUCAGCCCAUGGACAGCCCAACAUAUGGGGUAAAGCUAUGUGGCCGGGAGUUCAUUCGGGCAGUCAUCUUCACCUGUGGAGGCUCACGAUGGAGGCGGUCACUCGGGAGUUCAGAUGUUUCCGAGGACCCAUUCAGCUCCCACCAGGAGGAGUCCUUGGAGGGUUUGAGUCACAAUCCUGUGGUAGAGCGUCUUCUCCAAAGCAACAGAGAUUUAAGCUUCAUAAGUGGGAACGACCAUGAGGGAGUGUUUAGCAGGCCGGCCCGUUCUUUCAUCAGUGAAGAAAUCCUGGAAGCCCUACGCAAGGCGGACCGCAAGGGCCGGGAUGUGGUGGUGGGCCUGUCUAACGCCUGCUGCAAGUGGGGCUGCAGCAAGGGCGAGAUCAGCUCCCUAUGUUGAGAGUUAACCUUCGUCACACACUUCUUGUUUCACACUUCUCAUGAAUUUGAGGUCAUUUUACAGUAUAUACAAUGUCUUUCAGUUAAAAAAAUAUGUGAACUGUUUUGUGAAAUUAUUAUUUUUUUUGGGGGGGGGUUUUAAAGUUUUUAGUAUCUAUAAAGUGUUUGGAAAGGGCUGCCAUGUGUUCAAAAGGUUUAUAUAUAUUUCUGUUUCACAUGAUUAAACAUACGGUGCCUGGUAGCUCACUUGUUUGAGCAUGCGCCCCAUGGACGGAGGCUCAGUCCUUGUCACAGCGGGCACAGGUUCGGUUCUGACCUGCGGCCCUUUGCUGCAUGUCGUUCCCAAACUCUCUCACACUUUCCUGUCUUGAUCUGUCCUAUCAAUAAUGGCAAUGAAAGCCAAAAAAAUUAUAU